AUGACUGGACUCGUGACAACCUUCCUACAAGAAGAAAUCACAGAUAUGCACCACAUAGAUAAACCAUCCCCAAAUACUACCUCCUCAGAUGAUCUGUGCUGGUGGAAGCACAAAACCAAAGAUGAGAUAAAAUCAUGCCUUCGGAAAGCUUUGAAACGCAGAGCUGAAAACAAGUGCACAAAACAACCUCGACAAGAACCGGGUUCGAUGUGUGAGCCUGAUUCUGAUAAAAUGACCCCGGAUACUUUGUCACAAAUUCUCUCCGAUCCCUAUGCACAUGUAUAUUAUUUCCUCAUCGACUGUCGACUGCAUCCCCAGUCUCAGGCUUACAUGAAACGCACGGUGCCCGGUGCAAUUUCCCUGGCAGAGAUUUUUGAUAGUGAGCAACGCAUAUCCAAGCGCUGUUUGCGAAAGCUCCUCCGACAACGGCAUAAACAGUUACUUCAAGCCACAUCGGGAUCGGAAACCCAACAAAAAUUAACUGUCCUUCUCAUAGCGGAUCUGAUAAACACAACGCAUCCUGUGAAGAACCAGAUCAUUUUGGAGGAAAUAGAAGAAUUCGUCCGCACUAAAUGUUUUGUGACCAUAGUUGACAAAAGCAAUAGUUCUCCGAAGUCAGCUGAAUGUGCCGAUUGCGAAAAUGAAAUCGUUUGUUUUCGUCUUGAUUUCCACGAAAUUAGAAAAAAUACACCCUGGAUUCUCACCUCAACCAAGUAUAAUGCUCACGCACGUUGGGUUUCCCCGCCACUGAAGUUGGCCGAAGGUAAGGUUUGGUUAUGGCAAGACGCUCAGUCUGGCAAUUCAGAACAGCUGACUGGUACGACUAAUCAAGAAGUCGACUUUGGAUCUGUAAAAUCCUUAAUCAAGCGAUACAAUCUGGAUUGCAUACUAGUUCUGACCAUUGAUCCCAAAGCUGAAUGUGAUCGGUGGAAAUUUGCGAAGCUCAAACGAUCAGUAGUGUUUGUAAAUGAGAAUUGCCUAUCGGAUGCAAAAAGGUUUUUCACGGUUAUCGUUCAAAUAUUGAAUUUCCUUACCAAACCGGACGAUACGUUUUAUUCGGAUACUGAUACCGAAUGGCUUGCCGUUCGUUCCAGUCAGUCAACUUCAAGAUUACUCAUAACCGACUUGACCGCAAACGAUGGACCCACCUUCUGUUUGGGUCUAUUAAUGCUUCUACUGCCUUGUUCGUUUUCUAAUGCUUACUUUCACUUCACUUCCUCAAGACCUCAUCCAAAUCGGAAUUUUGUGAAUACGGAGUUGCUGCAGUCACUGAAUGUAGCAAUUUUAGAAUCCUGCAGGCAAAACCUUUUCUCAUUGUGGAAAAUCUCUGGUAAAAAACGAAGUCAUCGAGGCAGAACCAGAAUUCCUGAAUCAACAAGGACUAACGCCUCUCCCAAUUGUCCGUCCUUUCAUCUAAACACCCCGGAAAAUGAUUCUUUUGUGGAGGAAAAUGAAGAAAAAUUUCAUAUGAAUCCAACACUGACCACAACUAUUCCCGAUACUGAUCGAUUAUACGAAGAAACACUUGAACGUUUAGAGCAAUUCAAAGUAUCUAGCAAGUGA